AUUGAAAUAGUGCCGAUUAACGAAAAAAGAUUUUUUUUUUCAGUGUUCAUACAUUAUUGAGCUAAUUAUUCACUUAAAAGACGGGGUUGAUCUUAACUAAUAGAUAGCAAGUCCCAGGGUUGAGAUUGGUCUCAUCGUUUUUCACUCUUGACUUGCAAAACAUUUGUACUUAUUUUUAAAAUUGAAAUAUGAGAUGUGAUAGACGGCUGAAGACAUAAGAAAGAGGUGCAAAAGGUGUAGGCAAUAACAACUUCUCAACAUUUGAUUGGUGGGACAAAGACCAGAGGAAAAGAAGUAGAAGCAAUCCACUUUGAAGUUACAAAAGGAGAAAUCAAAGUGUUCUAACUACAAACAAAAAUGGCACUUCUCCUCCCCUCCUAUUAUUCUCUCUCCCUCCUCUCUCCCUCAAAAACCCUAGAACAACCCCACUUCACCUCCCUUGCAACAAUUUCUCCUCCCAAAAGCACUUCUCUAGCUCAAAAGGCCCUGCGAAGGAGCGAAAAGAAGCGGUUUUGUGCUCACGGGAGUGCGGCGGCGGCGGCGGCGGCGGCGGAGGAGGUGGUGAUUCCUAAAGAAGUAGAGGAGGUGGUGGGAGAUAGAGAUAGAGUGGAGUAUGAUUGGAGGGAGGAGUGGUACCCUCUCUACUUGUCGGCGGAGGUCCCCGCUGACGCCGCGCUCGGCCUCACCGUCUACGACAAGCAGGUUGUGCUCUACCGCGACGCCGACGGCGCUCUCCGGUGCCACACAGACCGGUGCCCCCACAGAUUAGCGAAGCUCUCGGAGGGUCAGCUCGUCGACGGGAAGCUCGAAUGCCUCUACCACGGAUGGCAAUUCGACGGCAACGGCAAGUGUGUGAAGAUACCGCAGUUGCCGGAGGGAGCGAAGAUCCCUCGCAGCGCCUGCGUAAAAACAUAUGAAGUGAGAGACUCACAAGGCGUAGUUUGGAUUUGGAUGUCGGAGAAGAACCCUCCGAACGUCGAAAAGCUCCCGUGGUUCGAGCACUAUGCCCGGCCGGGCUUCGUCGACAAUUCGACCAUCCACGAGCUCCCCUACGACCACUCUAUCCUCUUGGAAAACCUCAUGGACCCGGCUCACGUCCCCAUCUCCCACGACCGCACCGACUGGACCGCCAAGCGCGAGGAUGCCCAGCCGCUCCUAUUCACCGUCGUCGAGCGCAACCACCGAGGCUUCGCCGGCCGGUGGGGCCGGUCUUGAAACCCCGCGCUGAUGAACUUCCUUCGGUUCCAGGCGCCUUGCGUUCUCUCGAACGACUUGGAGUUUGUCGACAAGAACGGCGUGCAGCAGUACUUCUCGGGGCUUUUCCUCUGUAGGCCGGCCGGGCAGGGAAAGUCUAUGCUCAUCGUGCGGUUCGGGGGGAGCACGAGGAGCGCGCUGAUGAAGAUGAUACCGAAAUGGUUCGUUCACCAGAAUGCGUGCAAGGUGUUUGAGCAGGACAUGGGGUUCCUCUCGUCGCAGAACGAGGUGCUCAUGAAGGAGAAAGUGCCCGCGAAGGAGCUUUAUAUCAAUCUCCGGUCGUCCGAUACGUGGGUGGCGGAGUAUAGGAAGUGGAUGGACAAGGCCGGGCACGGGAUGCCGUACUACUUCGGUCAUAGCAGUGUGUCGCUUCCGAAGGAGCCAGCGGUGGUGGAGCAAGCACCGGCAGGGCUGGUCGCGGGGAUCGCGGCUUCUUUUCCUGCAAAGGGAGGGAUUGGAACUCAGCAUGCGCCGAACCCGGCAAAUCGGUACUACCGUCACGUGGUUCACUGCAAGGGGUGCCGCAGCGCCGUCAAAGCAUUCCAGGCGUGGAACAACGUGCUACGGUUUCUCGCCGCUGCAGCAGCGGCGGCUGCGAUUCUGGCGUCGUCGCGGCAGUGGAAGAGCCUACUGUUGGUGUCUGCUGCGGUUCUCGGGACUGGAUCAUAUGCUUGCUCAAGUGUAGUUUCAAUCCUAACAACAAACUUUGUUAGGAAGCACAGAAGAUUGUGAGAUAAAAAAUACACAUAAAGGCCCCUUUUCCUUAAUUUAUUAAAUCUGAAGGAACUAACCUUGUUUAUGGUGAUUAAUUGAUGGAAAAUGGUUUUAAGUUUUAAGUGUA